UUACAAAUUAAUGUAUGUUUGAUGUGACACUUAUGGGUCCUCGCCUUUGACAAAUAGUUGCGCAAAAAGCACUUGUAAUUUGGACUCUCUUUCUCUCUCAGACACUGUAGCGGGAAUCACGCAAAAAUGCAAAUUUCAAGAACUGUUGUUUCUAUUCUCACCUUUUCAGUAAUUCUUACUGCCGCUUACGAGACGACUGAUUCAGCUAGGCGCUACAAAGACUUCAAAGUGAUUAAAACAAAGAUCCUGGGCGUGCACGAGUCCUCUGUGCUUUCUCAAUUGGCCUUCAAAAGUGGAUUGGACUUUUGGUCUUUGCCUCGCAACGGCAAAAAUGCGAUUCUUCUCUGCGAGCCGCAACAGGCGGAAGAAAUAUUUAAGGAGCUAUCAAGGCUAGAGUUGAGACCAGAAAUUCUUACGGAAGACGUAUCAAGAGAAAUUGCUGAAGAACGUUUCAAGAUAGACCAAAUUAACUCGGCCAAGUUGAAAGUGGCAAACUGGGAAAAUUUUAUGACUCUUGAUCAGAUCAAUCAGUACAUGGACGAAGUUGUUGCAAAUUACAGCAGCAUUGUGUCAGAGCUUGGAAUCGGUACGACGACUGAAGGAAGAACAACUCGAGUUUUACACAUUUCUACUGGACCUGGCAAGCCGGCGAUUUUUAUCAACGGAGCGAUUCACGCCAGAGAGUGGAUCGGCCCUCCUGUUGCUAUGUACGCAAUCAAUCAGUUGACCGAGUUUUAUGAUCAAAAUUCAGCAAUCCUCAACUCUGUCGACUUCUUCAUCGCACCUGUUGUUAAUCCAGAUGGAUAUGUUUUCUCGUGGGAACAAGAUCGUUUCUGGCGCAAAACUAGAAGUCUGAAUGACCUGAAUUGCUUAGGCGUGGACGCGAACAGAAAUUUUGAUUGGCAGUGGGCUCCUGACAACGACAUGUGCUCAUUAGUUUAUCCUGGCACUGCUCCUGCUUCUGAACCAGAAAUUCAAGGCCUCCAGUCAUUUCUGCAGGAACACAAUGAAAUAACUUUUUACGUUGACCUGCACAGCUUUGGACAGUCAAUGAUAUUUCCCUGGGCAAGCAGCAACGAGCAGUCACCAUUGUAUCCAGAACUGAUGCGUGUUGGAAACGAGGCUGCUGAAGCGCUGAGAACAGUGAGGGGGACAAAUUACACCGUUCAUUCUGUGACAAACGGCGGCACUAACUUUUUGUAUGGCGUGAGCGUUGACUGGGCCCAUGGCGUUUUGGGAAUUCCGCUGACUUACGCAAUUGAACUGCCCGGUGGCGGGAGCGGCGGUUUCGACAUUCCUCCAGAAGAAAUUUUACCCGUCGCCACUGAGACCUGGGAGGCUCUCAAGGUUUUUGCGCAAAAUGUGCCACCCACAACCACACAAUUGCAGUGGUUCAUAUAAUUUUUUUAAAAAAAUCGAUAUAGCUAAUCAAAAAAUAAAAGUUACUAAUUUA